AUGAAACAAUUACUGCAGCAGCGGAAAGGAGAGCUAUCCCAGGUGCUGGGGAACCUCACCAAACCGCCCAAGUGGUUCCACUCCGAAUUCCUCAAGAGUCCGAAGGCAGUCCGCCUGGAGGCUUGGUUGGUGGAAGCGAUCUUUGGCCCGGGCGGAGAACACAUCCCGCACGUCGAGUGUGUGUCCAACACCCUCCUGCAUGUGAACCAAUGGGACCCCGAAGGCGACGCUGAGAUCUUGAUAUGUGGACGACCUUAUUAUCAGAAGGACGUAUCCAAGCUCAUUAUGAACUUGGCCGACUAUCACCGCCAGCUCCGGCUGCAAAGCUCCAAGAAGGCCGGAAGACCGCAGUCUCCUGUGGAAGUCCACGGGGUCGGGGCUCCGCCAUCUCCCAUCCACGUUGGCGAGGCCAGCACGCGGCAGUCCCAGACCAAGGUCGAUGAGGCUGGGACACAAGGGCCUCCCCAGUCUGUCAGCCGCUUGAUUACCAGGUUAUGAAGACAUCUGGGGCCAAGAACGUGAAGCUGGGGGAGAGGGAAUGGGUGGUAUUCCCCAUCACAUGCUUGUGAAAACGCGUUCAAGGAGCUCUAAUAAAAAGUUGCAU